GUUGUAAGAGAGAGUAGUUGACCCCAUGUUCUCGAGUGCUAUAAAACCAUGGGAGUUUGUUUACGAAACACACGAGAGUUGUCUGUGUGUGGAAGGGGAAGCUGGAGCAGGGUGCGUUGAACGAGGGUCUUUGCUGCCUCGCGAGGGAGAGUGGCCACAGGGAGAGGGAAGGUGUGGAAUUUUCACACCCGCUGCCGGAGACGCCUCAGGGUUGACAUUGGAUAAGGAUCCACCACAAGAAGUAACUAUCACAUCGAAGCCUCUGACCAGCAAACGACUUCUAGAAACUCUCCAGCAGCGAGCAGGAGGGAGUCAGGGGAAGGAGGAGAUGGUUGCCACGCUAUGCACAGGGGAGGCGGCAGCUCGCAGCUAGUCGGCGACACCAUCACAGCGAGGGCGCAAGCGUAAGGAAUUUGUGCGACAGCCUCUACCCACGGUGCAGCUGC